UAUCAGUAGUCGUAAUAAACCAAAGAGUUGUCUUAUCUUUGUAAUAAACAUUACGAGUUCGAAGAUAUUCAUUCAUGAAUAUUUAAAAAUGAUUUUAAAAUUUUUAUGAUGAGAAUGAAAUAUGCUACAUUUACUGCAAAGUGACAAUCAUGCAAGUGAUUGUACGUCGUCCACAUAAAGUAUUUCUAAUUCUAACUGGAAUAUUGGUGAUUUUUUACUAUGUAUACACAAAUGCAUCUGUUAUCAAUAAUCGAAGAGAAAGAUUGGAAAAAGAAAACUCAACAAGUCCAGACUAUAUUAACGAAGAAUACAAUGUUUGGUUGAUAUUUACAAAAGUGUAUAAUGGAUCUCCACUUACUUAUAAAUUCAAGGAACUUCUUGAUAAUCUUAUGACAAUUAGCACUGUGCCUUUAAAUUUCAACAUAAUUGUAGAUAACUCUUCUCAAAGAAUGGCUGAAAACUUUAUUUUAAAACAAAUGUCCAAGUCUGAUAAAAAUAUUUCAUAUACCUUUUACAAUAUAAUUUCAAGUGCUAAACUUGUUGAAGAUAUUGUUGAUGUUAUGUCAAAUUUUUUUAGUAAGCCAGGAAGCUAUUAUAAUGAUGUUUUAUUUUAUAUCUCAUUGGGCUUGCAUCGAAUUGCACCUGCAAGUCAAAAAUAUGCAAUAUUGCUGGACUGUGAUAUUUAUUUCAAAAAGGAUAUAACUCUUCUCUUCGACCAGUUUAAGAGAUUCAAAAAAACUGCCUUAUUUGGAAUUGCACCUGAACUGAGCCCUGUUUAUCGUCAUGUUUUGAGAUCUUAUAGAAUGAAACACCCCAAUACCACAUUUGGUGAUUAUUAUCAUUGGAAUGAUAUUGUCAACCCCAACUCAACUCAUUCUCAUGGGUUUCAAGGAUAUAAUUCUGGAGUUUUACUUCUUAAACUCGACUCGAUCAGAAAUUCUGAGAGCUAUAAAUCAAUCUUGAAUAAAUCUACCCUGAAAAAGUUGACGGAGAAGUAUGAUUUCAAGCAGGGACACUUGGGAGAUCAGGAUUUUUAUACUUUGUUAGGGUAUGAAUACCCACAUCUUAUUCAAACCAUUCAUUGUGGCUUCAAUAGGCAGUUAUGUACUUGGUGGAGAGAAAAAGGUUACAGAGAUGUUUUUGACUAUUACGCUCGUUGUGAUCAUGAAGUUGUUAUUUUACAUGGAAAUUGUAAUACUGAAAUACGUAAGGAUUACAAUUAUUCAUAUAAGAAUAUAUAAUUUAUAUUA